AUGGAUGAGCAAGAAAGGCCUCGGAAAUUACCUAAACUGGGCCACGACGACCAGAACCUCCAUGAAACCCUCGGUCCCGCCAUGACAGGAGCUGGUGAUGUAGCCGGCAACGAAACGGAGUCUACGAGCGCUCAGUUUGCGAACGAACCUCAAGAUCUCUCGGAAUUCACGGUUCAUGAAGAAAAAAUAACCAAUAAUGAAUCUAUACCUCCUGUCGAUGGAGAGGAAGCUCCGCCAGUGAUGUCCAAAAACCAAUUGAAGAAAAUCCGCAAGGCAGAACGGUUUCAGGAAAAACGCGCGUUCAUGAAAUCCCAGAAGAAGGAGAAGCUCGCUGAGAAGAAAGAGCGUCGCAGGAAAAUGUUCGAGGAAGCAAGAGAAACUGGUGGCAAGGAGGCUGUCGACAAGCUACGGGAGACAAUGCGAUCAACAAAAGUCAAGCACCGCCGAACCACACUUAUACCCUUGACACUUGUGAUGGACUGCAGCUACGAUGAAUUGAUGGAAGAAAGAGAGCGGAUCUCUUUGGCCGGUCAACUUACUCGAGCAUACUCGGACAACAGCCGUUCACCCUACCACGGACACAUCACGUUCUCGUCAUUCGACAAGAAGUUGAAAGAGCGAUUUGACAAUGUUCUAUGGCACCACAAGAACUGGAAACAUAUUCGCAUUAUGCAAGAAGACUUCGUGCAUGCCUCUGGCGUGGCCAAGGAAGACAUGUCAGGUCCGAAGGGCGGCAAGCUAGUCGGGCCGUUCGCUGAUCAACCCGAUGCGAAGCCCGAGGAUGGCGAAAUUGUAUAUCUCAGCAGUGAUAGUGAGAAUACUUUGACCGAGUUGAAGCCCUACAGCACGUAUAUUGUUGGAGCUCUGGUGGAUAAGAACCGACACAAAGCAGUUUGCUACAAGAAUGCGGUUUCAAAGGGCAUCAAAACUGCGAAACUUCCCAUCGGUCAGUACAUUGAAAUGGCACAUCGACCGGUACUGGCCACCAAUCAUGUUGUUGAAAUUAUGCUUCGAUGGUUGGAGGUUCGGGACUGGGGUAAGGCUUUCAUGCAGGUUAUCCCACCCCGGAAGGGCGGUGCAUUAAAAGGGAAGAAGUCUGAAGGCGGGGAGAGCAUUGAGGAGGUUGCUCAAGAUGAAGAUGAAGAUGCCAAUGAUGAGCAGAUUGAAGCAGAACAGUUGAAACAACUCGAAGAGAUCAACGCCGCAGAGGAAGAAGAGGAAGGAAGGGAUUAA